AAGAAGAAAACCCUGGUCUCAUCAUUAAAAAAAAUAUAUACACUCGCACCUGUAGUGAUCCCCAUCGAUAGGGGUGGCACCACCGCGUCUGCGCGGAGCGCCUGUCCGCCGCCCCGGACGCUUUGCACGUCUCUGCAUUUAAAAUAUACAUUUUUAAAUUUCAAAAAAGGAACGCGCGUCAAAAAACUGUUUUGUGACAGUGUGUGAAGUGUAGUGAUUUAAGUUUUGAAUUUGGAAUUUAAUUUUUUUCGAAUGUUCCGAUUGUGCUUUAUUGUUAAAUAAUUAGUGGUUUUAGAGUGAUGUGAGGAUAAUUGUUACGUAAAAGCAUAGGAGUUAGCGCUGAAGGCGUGUCGCUUGUGAUGUCGGCAUGGAGGUGGUGCUCCCCCUGGCGGUGGUGUGCGUGCUGGCCGUGAGCGGCGCCCCCAACGCGACGCGACGCCAACCGGCCCGACCCGACCCGACCCGGCCCGACCUCGAGCCCGAGGACGAUGAGCACCACUUGGACUAUUAUGAUGAGGAGCGGAUUAAUAUUUCAGAAAAGGGCAAGUACCUUGGAUCGCCGUGCGAGUUCACAUGCAACCCGGCGCUACUCCACGUGUUCUGCGACCCGACGUCAAAUUCCUGUCAAUGCGACCCCAAGCACCCUGUCAAUCUUGGCGUCGCGCGCGGCUGCGCUAAAGCAAAAAAGCUCGGCGAGCAAUGCUUCUAUCGGCAGACGUGUCAAGCGUUCGACCCCCACGCGUCAUGCGUCCAGGUCAACCACAACGCGUUCUGCCAGUGCGAUCCCGGGUACCACAGUACGACACACAGUCGGCCCACGCAGAGAGUGUUUUGCACUGAAGACCUCGUGCUGCUGACAGCGGAUAUGCCGACGCUGCUCGGCGUAGCGUCGGGCAUCUUCGUGCUGGGGGGAUUACUGUGCAUGGUGUUGCACCUUUACACACGGGCGCGCUACCACCCUGCGCAUCUCGCCGACGCUCGGCUCACACCACCGUGUUUGUACUCGCUCAACGACACACAUACCGGCGGCACUUUAAGCGCAACCCGCGCUUCCUCGCGCGCCUCGUCCCGCUCGGGCGGCACGGGCGCCACGCUGGAGUCGGACUCGUCGCGGCGCGCGUCGCGGCGCGGCGGCGGCGUGCCGGUGUCGGCGUCGCGCGCAGGUUCCCGACGUCCAAGUAUAAGUUCAGUACAAAGCAGUUCAUCCUCUAUAAGGAGCUACAGCGCUAGACGUUGGGAGAAGGAGCGAGAGCAGAAGGAGAGGCGACAGAUGAGCAUGCGUCUCGCUCAGUUGCACGACAAAAUGAAUGCGGGGAGAGAGAUACCUAAACAUGCGCCUACCCCAUCUCCACGCUCUCCCAACAACUCCACGGAUGGACUGCUGCCAUCUGUAUGUGAAAUUAGAGAAUUAUCAACAAACCCCGAUCAACAAAUGCAAGGUGUCGAGAACCCAUGCUCCAGUUCGUCGCUUUACUGACAACAGCGUUCUAAAUCGGUGCGUCGAUCUCUCGACUCACUGUCGUCCGACGGGUCCCCAGCUUACGCCUGGAUGUAACACUGGCUUAAAAAUCGAUACUGCCACUCAGUGAACGCGAGCGAAAGUGAAGACGUGUAUGAUUUUAGAACGCAUCCAAAUGGGAUUUAAAAUAGGCGCGAUAGACCUUGAACGCAGUUUAGUAUUUGAGAACGCACCCGAAAACGGAAUAUGAAUUCCAAAUUUGAAUUAGGAAUUGGUUUAUACUGGCUGAAAAGACUGCUAGUGUUUGUUGGACCUUGAAAACUUGAAAACAGUGAAUUAGAAAGACAAAUUGAAUUUGUAAGGUUUUGACAUUUAAAUGCUUGGCUUUUAGGCUAGGCUAGUUAGUGUUGCAUAUGUGAUGCUACAAGGAUGUGUUUUGUGUGUAAAAUGUACGUCGACAGAUAUCUAAAAUGUAAUCAAUAUCACAUAUUAAAAUUGCUAUUACGAUAAUAGAUUCAAUUAUACUCUUUUAAAGACGGGCGGAAAGUUUUGCGAUUAAUUAUAAAUCAGUUAAUUUCCCUAUGUACAUGUUCGAUGGCAUUAGACAUAUUAACCUAAGUAGCCCAUAAAGUAAAAAAAAUUGAAAAUAAUGUACUGGCGCAAUCGGUAGAUUCUUUCUACUGGGCCAUUUGUUUAUAGGGUUAAGUUUAUAAUACCUUCCUGCCAACACUACAAAAUGUAUCAUAUUGAUGGUGUCAUAAUAGCAAUUUUAAACGAAGUAUACCGCGUUUAUUUGUAAGCCGAUUAACGAAACCCAAUAUUUAAAGCCAGAAUAAAUAUAAGGACGAAUUUUGUUACAGAUGUUUCUUUUCGAAAACGAGAUGGUAACGCAUAUCAUUUAAAAAAAGAAUUUAAUAUGUAAAUUCAGCAUCACUAAACUUUAAACUAUAUCGUUAAUUACAUUGGCAACACCAACACCGCUUACCUCGUGUUUAAAAAGACCUUUUAAUUAAAUUCAGUAUAGUAUAUCGUUAUAAGACCACUCAUAGACUCGGAAACUAAAUAACUCAUAUUACUAAUCGAAGUUUUAGAAAUGUAACAUCUGUAACUUUUUACAAUAGUUGUUAUACAUAGGUAUUUAAAUCGAAAACUAGAUAAAUAACAAAUCUGAAUAGUUAUCUUCUAAGUGCGAUGGGGAACCUGGGGUACGUUGGACAGCUAGCUAAAAAUUUAUCUUAUUUUUUAUUUAACAAGGAAUUGCAGUUAUUGCUUAAAUGGGUUAAAAAGUGUUGGCUAUAAUUUAAAAAAAAUACCCAUGGUUUUCGUCUAUAUAUGGAAUUGUUUAAAAGAACAUCACUUUGUGUCGGUACGAGUACGAGACGAGUAUUAUCCAUAUUAAAAUACACAGCAGAGGGAUAUUUUGAACUAUAUUUUUUCCAAUACCAUAAAUUACUUGUUUGUUGUGUUGUAAAAAAAUUCUCAUGUUUUACAUUACCCUUUGAGCGUAAUGUUUUUUUUACAGUCAGUUCUCUAUCGCACUAACUUUUGUCCAUUCUAACUCAACAUAUUAAUAAUAGAACUUUUUCUAGACUUAACUAGCUAGACUCAAUAGCACCAUAGCUUGGAUUUAUCCAAAUGCCUUACCUUCGCCCGCUCUUGCAAAUAUAAUCUGGAAAUUAUACUUACUCCGUUAUUAAAAAACUACAUCAGGGUCAUUCUCAAAAAAUAUGUCUGCGGUCUAAUUGCCGCGACCAACAACAUGUAUGAAAAGAGUGGUGGCAAUUAGAUGCAACCGCAGACAUAUUCUCAAAGAAUGACCCAUCAAAGACGUUAACUUUGUA